AUGAGUUUCCUUUUUUUUGGUUGUCCAGCGAGAACUUCACGCAUGGAGAAAGCACUGCAAGCUUGCGGUGACACUAUUACACAGAUGAUCGGACAGUUUUUAGGCGGCCAGUCAAAUCACAAGCACACCCAGAUCACGUCAGCCCUGAGCAACCUGAAGAAGAUGCUUCUGCAGCACGACCUGGCGUAUGAGCUCGUCAUACCAGCGAAAAGCUUGAAUUGUCAUUUUCAAAAUCGGCACGGUAUCGGAGUUGACAGCGACGCAGUGCACAAGUUACUCAACAUGAUUAUUUCAAUUGGGUUUGAUAUUGAAAAGACUCGUGAAUCUGUAUGUUUCGAGGUCUCCAAAGACCCAUCGAAGUUCAAGAAGCAAGUAGAGUUCAACAAAACACUUGCCACAUCGAGCAGUGGAGGGCUUGCAGAUGUGAACCCUGCAGACUGCAAGUAUUUGACCGUUGCUGGCAGCCACACGUUGCAGCUGUUGCGGUGCAUCAUCUUCGGCUGUACGAGCGAGAACGAACACAUCACUGACCAGACGGGCAAGAUAGUCCAGGAGAAGGCGUUUGCCUUCUGCGACUCUCUCAGGAAGCCCUGCACCGAGGGGUACACGUGGUUUGUGAUCAGGGCCGAGGUCGAGGAGGCGUUCCCAGAGCUGCCGACGCUGUUCGUGGAGGGCGGCAACGCAGACCACGGGACGAGCACCACCCAGUCGAAGAUCCAAGCACUCUUGCAAGUUCACGGCAUGGGCCAGAGGAAUUUGCUGAGUUGCCAAAGCUACAAGUGGAAAGAGAUCGAGCAGGCGAUGGAGAAGACAAAACCACAUUUGCGCGGCCAAGUUGGCGACAUGAUCGAGUUUCUGAAAGUGUACAGCGGUGGAGACAAUGCACCGUUGCUGCUAGACGUCGCUGCAUAUGCGAAGUGCGUCGGGGAUAAGAUGCGCGACGUGCAUGGGACCACGUUCAAGAUGCUAUCACAGGUGCCGUUCCUACAGGGACCUACCUUCAUUGGCGCAUGCGUGAAAGCAUGCAUGGUGUGCCCAGCGCAGUACGCCAAGAACGGGGUUAGCAAGCUCAUCAGCAGCUCCGACUUCUCCUCGCUCAGCCAGCCCGCCAGCAAGCUGAAAGCCGACGCCCUGGAGAUUUGCACCGCCACGGAGGUCGCGGAGGCAUGGCUAUCAAAAGUACCUGGCAUCGACCCUGGAGUUUCGGCCAGGCUGAUCGGGGACAUGCAAGUGAGAUCAAUCAUGACGUGCCUCAAGAAAAAAUCGAAACCCACGAAGAACUACGAGACACUGAAUGAGGUCCACGCGCAGUUCAUGGUGGAUGCGCGGGCGGCGCAGCCGCAAUGCAUGGAGGUUAAGCCGACUCCGAUCGAGGCCGAGGCCGAGGAGGACAUCAACGAGCGCAAGGCCGCGUCCGCUGGCGUCGUCCAGUUCUCCAAGGGCGGCACGCUGAGCGACCGCGUGAUGCAGAACAAUGGCCUCGUUGUUGGUAAGAGGGUGUGGCAUAAGACUGACCACAAGACGGCGCGCGUCAUCCAGAACCUCGAGAGCGGCAAGGCCACGCUCGUGAGCCAGGAGUGGUGGGACGAGGACAUGCGUCGGCGGAAGCAGAAGACGUCCAGCACGCCUGUGGAGAAGAUGGAGCUG